AUGCGAAACUCUUGGCGAAUGACUAAGCCAAUAACAAAUAUACCAGCAAGUAGGGCUCUUACCUUUCGCCUGAAUUAUAUUUGUGGAUUUCUACAAGCACUAGAACCAAGUGCCAAAUUGGAUGUUGGGAAAUUGGGAUGCAACGCCCUCAGUGUUUCCCUGACCUAUGGAACUUCCCAUGCGGCCGACACGCUAUCAACGCCUGCUCCCCGAUCGCUACGAAAGUCAGCAUAUCAAAAGUCUCGGGAAUCAUUCCACUGUCAAGCAAGAAGUUUCGAUGUUGCCAAGUUCGUAUUCAGAAUACUACAAUACUCCCAAUUUGCUCCAACAGUCAUCCUUGGCCGCGCCUAUCAACUGGGAGAGGUUUGCUUUUCGAUAUAUGAAGGGAGCUUGUUACUGUGCUUAAGGAAAAUGGAAUCAAGUAUUAAGACCGUGAAUACAUCAGAACUCCCAAGGGCAUUGAAGGAGGUAAUAUGCCAAAAAGCAGGAUGCGGCAACCUGACUCUUUCUCCUUUUUCUGCGGUGUUUGAGCCUGAUGCAUCUGUUCCUCGAGGUGCAGCCCGCAAUCCCAACAUGGGGGGUGUGGGCAGUGCCUGCAAGGGGUUCCCUCAUCCCCAUCGCCUGAAUUCACGCAUCCGCAGCCGCAGCAUUGCCAAGCCAUCGUUGUCUAAAUUCUGGGGUGGCGUGAGGCUUUGCAAUGAGUGUGGUAAGUAUCGAGUUGUAAUAUACACGAUUUGCCUGAAGAAAAAUGGGAAUUAUACGCACGUCAUCCUUUUCCAACAGAAAUUAGAUUUGAGCCGUCAUUCGCGAACGCUGGUAGGGCGUAUAAAUGAAGCGGUCACAUGUAACUGCGACAUUGUAAAUUGGCUCAAAGAAUCUCUCAUCAUUAUUGGACGCACUUCAAGGACAAACCAAGCUCUUAGAAAACAAAAGACGUCUUCACGGGAUAUUAGGUCAACGGGAAAUAAUACUCAAUACUUAUUGGCGAUAUUCAAGAGUGCUUCCUCUCGUCGCUCGCUAAAGCAAUCUGUCGCGGCGUCAUGGCUGGCUCAGAAAGAGGCCGUUAAAGACAAGACUCAACCCAGAUCGCGCUUACCUCAAAGGGAAAAGCCCCUCGUUCUCAUCACCUUAUUCCAACCUCGAAAUGAUCUCCACUCUUGGUCACGAGUCCUUGCAAUUCCUCGCUUUCUCAUCAACGCUCUACCCUCGCUAGCUCUCAUGUUUGAGAAGCACGCACGAAAUCAGCAGCCGAGGACGCAAAGUUCCGGUGCCACACUCCGGCAGCCACGGUGGAAACACAUCGACUCGUGCUUAGAGCAGCCAGUGUGCAAAAUGUGUAAGAUGAAGAAAUACGAAGAUGCAAGGACAGAGGAUCGCGAUCUAAUUUCUUCUGCUCGAAAAGUAACGGGAGACAUUUCUUACAAAGGCUCGCCUAAAAUUCGUGCCUUUUUUGUUGGAACCUGGGAGAACAACCAGCACUCUAGCACUCCCAAAGUAGACAAGCCCAACAGCUAUCGACACUCUUUUGACCUUCCCGUUCAAGAAGAAAUCAAUUCGUCUAGAAACCACCCACUGGCAAGCUUUUCCGAAUUCGGACCUGCCGACCCAAAGCUGGGGAAGCGCGUGCGUGGGUUUAUGCACACUUCCCGCCCAUCACCAAACAAAAUAUUUUAUUCUGACACUCACCGCUUUCACUUUCGACCUUACAAUCCGAUUCCACCUCCGACAUCCCUUCCAUACUUCCUAAGCCCACCAAAAGCCCGGCCAGGCACCCAUUCUCAACCAUAA